AGAAGAAGAGUCCACAAUAGAAACACCCAAAUACCGAUAGAUACAUAUAACAUAGCGAUAAAGAGAUCGAAGAUGUCGAUGAAUUGGGCCCUGUACUGGGGCAUAAUGUGGGUGCUGUCAGGCUCCACAGACAGCGCUUCGAAGCGUUUCUUCACAGACUUCUUGCAGGAUUUGCCCACACCGGGAACCGGCGGACCCACCUUCGACCCCAGUGCGAUCAGCAAUAUUACAGGACUCGUUGGCAAGACCGUUAAGAUGACCUGCCGUGUCAAGAAUCUGGGCAAUCGAACGGUCUCAUGGGUGCGACAUCGUGACAUCCAUCUGCUGACUGUCGGCCGCUAUACGUACACAUCAGAUCAGCGUUUCGAGGCCCAGCACUCGCCACACGCCGAGGAUUGGUCCCUCCGCAUUCGGUAUGCCCAGCGCAAGGACUCGGGCAUCUACGAGUGCCAGAUCUCCACCACACCACCCAUCGGCCAUGCUGUCUAUCUGAAUAUUGUCGAACCCAUCACCGAGGUCAUUGGCGGCCCCGACCUGCACAUCAACAAAGGAUCCACCAUCAAUUUAACCUGCAUUGUGAAAUUUGCACCGGAACCACCGCCAACCGUCUCCUGGUCCCACAAUCGCGAGGUCAUAAAUUUCGAUUCACCUCGCGGCGGCAUAUCAUUAGUCACUGAGAAAGGUGUACUGACCACCAGCCGUCUCCUCGUCCAGAAGGCCAUACAGGAGGAUGAGGGCCUCUACACAUGCGCCCCCUCAAAUGCCAAUCCCACAUCGGUCCGCGUCCACAUCGUUGAUGGCGAACAUCCGGCGGCCAUGCAUCAUGGAAACUCGGCGCCAGCUCAGCCACCGCCUGUGAUCUCAAUGUUGAUGGCCAUCUGCAGCACUCUGAUCCUGUUGCAUGCCUCUGCCUGCUGCAGCCCAACCCUACCCAAGAUGAGGACACAGCAACUGCAACGAGGAGGCAACAACAAUGGACAGCAGAGGGACAUCGACGGUGGAGAGCAGAUGGAGAGGAAUUCGUUGGUGCCAGGCACAUGACUAGCCGGCCCCCGCGUAACCGGAGCCGGAGCCGGAAAUGUCAUCGAAAUGCCAACUGGAAUGCAAUACUAAAUAUUCCAAGAGCGAGCUACAGAGAGAGAGAGAGUGAGGCGUGGGGGUGGAGGGUGUGCUGCUCUCUGGUUUUCCGUUCCAGUUUCAGGAUCCUUCCAGCCAACGCCUUGGUUUUGCGUUCUCCAAAACGUUUCGUUUCUCCCCUUUGCCCCACUCCCAUCGAUGUGGUCUCUCAUUUUUCGCUCUAUGAGUGGAAUGCAGAGGGGGCGGGGCAUACGUGAGUACAUCCUUUUAUCACUAAAUUAAGUAGUCGUUAGAUAAGGUCAUUUUCGGGCUAAAACUGGAACUGUAACGAAGGGAAAAACAAAGAGCAAAACCCACAAAAGAAAAAAACCACAAAGUAAAAACAGAACGAAAGAACGAACGAUUUUGUUCAUGCAACAUGUUCAUACAUAAAAAUAAACCCAUUGUAAAUAAGGCAUCGGAUGAGAGAUUGCCAGCAGAUCAUACAAAAAUUACAACAAAAUACAAAAGAUACAGAUACAAGUGGGGAAACAGAAGAUAGAUAUUGCAUUGCAUAAUGGAUUCAGACUCCCCUGUUUUGAUAUGGAUCCAUUCCAUUCUAUAAGCUAUAGGUGUCUAAAGAUAAAUACAUACUCGUAAAUAUUACAUACAUACAUAUAUGCGCGCAAAAACAGAUACAAAUACAGAUAAAUAUAGACAAAAAAAAGAGAUCCCUCGAAAUUUGAGGCAGAAAAAGUGUUUUUUUUUAGGCUUAAGUUCAAGACUAUAGUAAAAUCUAAGAAAAAACGAAACAUACAGAGAGAAGACGAAGGAGUAGCAGAAUAUACAGACAGAUACAUAGGUGCAGGAUACAGAAGGAUUGUCUAGUGAUGUAAGCAAAGCAACAAAAAAAAAAAAAUGGAACGGAAAACUUAGUAUAAUUGUAUUUUUUUUGUGUCUCAUCAGAUCUGAUCAGAAUAAUAAUCCGUUUAGCUCUCUAUCUCUAUAUAGAAAUUGUUGUUGUAUGUGUGAGAACAGAUAUAAAAGAUACAUAUAUAGAGAAAAGCUACAGAUACAGAUACAAAUAAAUAACUAUCCGAUUAAAGAAAGGCAUAUUGCUAUUGAAACACUCUCUCUCUCUCUCCCUAUCUCUCUCUAUAACUAUCUCUAUCUCUCUCUAUAUAUACUUCUAUCUCCUUCACACACAGACAGCGCACCCACACAGAUGCAUACAUAGAUACAUACUAUAGAAAAUCUAUCUCUAAGCCAAGCUGAUAAAAGGAUAAGUUUAGAAUGAAAGAAAGAAAGUAUCCGCGAUCCCACCCCACACACACGAAGACAGGGUCUAACCCUCCAUUCCCCUCUUGAUCCUAGAAAAACAAA